CAUUCGUUUAUUGAUAAAAAAAUUUGUUGUGCGUGCGUCGGCUGUUUUAAUUUACUCAUUUGAUAGUAUUCUAUUAUUGUGCAUAUAAUAUUACGUGAAAUACAACAAUAUGUAAGUAUUUAUUGAUUGACUUCUAAAUAUUGAAUUCAUCUGUUUGCUUUCUGUGCAUGCUAAACGAAAUUGUUAUUUUUUAAGGUUAUGAAUGCUGUAUAUGAGAUAAAGAGAGCAUAGAGCAAAACAAUUAUCGUUUUCUUUCGCGCAAAAUUUGAAUGUCUCGGGCCAUAGACAAUUUAUCUCUUUUUUUACGGCUGUGGUGUGGAUUCUUACUGUUUUGCUUGCAUUGAAAAUAGUAUAUUAAGGAAUACAGGAACAGAAUUAAAAAUGCCGCCAAAAAGUCGCUUUUGGGAAUUUUUUGAAAGACUUGAAAAUAAUGAAGCCAGAUGUCGGUCUUGCCAUAAAAUCAUAAAAACUUGUGGCAAUACCACAAAUCUUAAGUUGCACAUUGAAAAACUGCAUAGUUCAUUAUUAGGAAAAAAUAGCAACGAGGAGAACACAGUUCAUAAAACAGGCGCCAAGAGAUCAUUUAAGGAGACAUUCGUAAAACCUGUAAUGCCAACUGCUUCUACUUCUGCUGAGAUAAUCGCACCUGUCUCUGCUUUACAUGAAAAUAGUUCAGUUGAUUCUGAUUGUAGUUUUAAUGCAAGUGACAUAAGUGCAUCGUCUAUUCGCACAAAAAUAUUUCAGCCGACAGUAAAUCAAAGUUUCAGGAGCAUAUCUGAAUUUUCUGAAAAUGGAGCUAAAGGAAUUCGCCUUACAAAUGCUAUCUUGUUUAUGAUUUGCAAAGAUUCACAGCCGUUCCAAAUGGUUGAAAAUGAAGGAUUUCUAAACUUAAUGAAAGCAGCUGCACCUCUGUAUAAAGUCCCAUCCAGGCAUACUUUCAAGAAAAUGCUAGAGAACCGAUAUGAAGUUACACAGAAUCUUUUUAAAAAUAAAAUCAAAGGCCUACGUAGUAAUAUUACCCUGACAACCGACAUAUGGACGGAUACCAUGCAGACUAGGAGUUUUCUUGGUGUCACUAUACACUUUUAUGACGAAGAACGUAUGGCAAUGGCAUCAGUCACUCUAGGAGUUUAUGAGUUAGCCGAAUCACAUACUGCUGAAUACAUUGGAAGAAUGCUGUUGCAGACAUGUCAUGAAUGGUGUAUAGAUCCAGAAAAAGUAUCCGCUGUGGUAACUGAUGGAGGAGCAAAUGUUGUUAAAGCUGUAGAUAUCUCAUUUGAAAAAAAAUGCCAUAUUAUUUGCUUUGCUCACUUAAUUAAUUUGGAUUGUCACUUGGUUUAA